AUGCCUCGUGGUGCUUAUGAUAUCACAAACCUGCCACAACCGGAAGAAGCACCGCGGAAAGAUAGCUCAGCUAACGCCACAUCGCUUAAGGAUAACUAUAGCAGAGACGCCGCACGAUACACUGAGGACAACACUCCCUACUCCACCGUUGGUUUAAAUGGAAUCUCCAACCCUUACGACUACCUGUCGCCGGUAUCCUUUUCGCCUCACUGCAGUGAGCCAGAUUCUCCUCUACCACAGAUGCUGCGACCGCUUCAGCCUUCUUCGAUCACCACCAUGCAGCACCUCUACGGUAGCAACCCGCACACCCCGCGCACUGGAACGCCUAACACGCCAAACUCUGCGCAUGACCUGCCCAGCUACCCUCAAAGCACUCAGGCUAGCGCUCGAAGGGACAUACACUCAAUCGCUCAGAAGUUCUGGUCGCCGCACACUGGCUAUGGGACUUCCCAGCCCAUGACGACCGCCGCUGUCAUAGCUGCCGCUGCCAUGGCUGCCUCGCAACCGCAGCUCAUCGCCCCCGCGUCUAGUGGUGGCCGUGGCCCUCCUGUCCUACGUUCCAUGCCGCCCACUUACGAUGUUGGCUCCCAGGGCCGCAGAGGCAUUCUGCCCAGCGCGCCUGGGCGGCCUCCUGCUCCCGCCGCCGGUACAAAGAACACGGUCAUUCCGGUCAGGGACGCCAACGGCAAGUUCCCGUGCCCUCACUGCACGAAGACUUAUCUCCACAUUCAGCACCUAAAGCGCCAUCUCCUGCACCACACUGGCGAACGUCCGUACAAAUGUGCUAAGUGCAACACCUCCUUUCAUCGCACUGAUAUUCUCAAGCGGCAUUUCCAAAAAUGCUCCAUCCGUAAUCCCUCCGAAGCUUCGCACCUGUCCCACCCUGUUCCUGUCCAGGAUGGCAUGAACGGCAUGCCCAGCGACAAGAGUAGUAACCUGACCACGUCAAACCGCGUGUGA